AUGGCCACGCUGGAAUAUAGACGUGGUAGUCAGAGUGGGCUCCGCACUGAUGUGGAAGGAACGCUGGAAGCAAUUCUGAACGUUAUAGAUACUUACGAUAGCGAAAAAUGCAAAUUUCAACUAGUUGAUUUCGGUGUCGGUGCACCCACGAACAUGGAUGUGGAAAUGGCUAAAGAGACCGGAGCUUUGAUCUACUUGUUCAACGUUCAGCCACCUUCAGCUGUUAAGAGGCAGGCUGAACAAGACGGCGUUCGCAUAGAAUUAUUCAACGUUAUUUAUCGACUCGUAGAAGCAUUAAAGGAUGAGUUGUCUCAGCGAUUACCAACGCUUAACUGA